UGGAUAUUAUAAUUUUGUGAUUGUUUGGAUGAAUGCUACUGUGUAAUAUCAUCUUUCUGGAGUUUAAUGAAUCGUGAGACGCAUUUUGCAUUUGCUAUCUAUGACACAAUAUUCGAAUAAGCUAUCAUUUUUCGUCAAAUUAUUACAAUUAAUUCUAGAAGAAGACACAACCAAUCCGAUGUCCAGAAUCUUGGAAUAUCCGGGCAAGCAAUGUAAGAAAAACAGUGCUAGGAAAUUUUCCUACUAUGUCGCCACGAUGGAUCUUAAUCGCGUAUAAACAUAUUGUGGUAAGGUAGCCCGCAUACAUGGCUGGAAAAAUGAAAAAGUUUAAUAUUCGCGGGAUGCUGGAUGGGUUGCGGCAGUCUGUCAGUAGUACGUCGCCAAAGUCGGAAACAGAAAUCGAAGAAACACUUCGAUCAGAGGAUUUGCAAGUGUGCAAGACUGUGCGUCAUGGAUUCCCAUACCAGCCAACUGCUAUUGCGUUCGAUCCUGUUCAACAUAUCCUGGCCAUUGGCACAAAGACUGGGUCACUGCGAAUAUUUGGCCAGGCUGGAGUGGACCUACAUUGUCAUCAUGGAGCAGACGUGGCAGUGCUGCAAAUACUGUUCCUUGUCAAUGAGGGAGCACUUGUCACAUGCUGUUCAGACGACAACUUGCAUUUAUGGAACUUCAGACAAAAACGGCCUCAAAUUGUUCAGUCAUUAAAAUUCCAAAGAGAAAGGAUAACCUACAGUCAUCUGGCCUUUCAAAGCAAGUGGUUGUACGUGGGAACGGACAAGGGAAAUGUACAUAUUGUCAAUAUCGAGUCUUUCAUUUUAUCUGGAUACGUCAUCAUGUGGAAUAAAGCCAUAGAACUGUCCCGUAAGACCCAUCCUGGUGCUGUCCUACACCUGAGUGAUAACCCCUUGGACCCAAGCAAGCUUUUGAUAGGCUUUGAAUGUGGUGCCAUUGUGAUGUGGGAUCUACGCAAUAAGACAGCAGAGUGUAGGCAUCAAGCCCCAGAGAGUUUACGCUCCAUAUCUUGGCACCACGAAGGCAAGCAGUUCAUGUCGAGUCACACGGACGGCAGCCUGGUCUCAUGGAUCGUGAAGUCACCAGGGAAACCAGCCAGUAUUAUCACCCCUCAUGCAAAAGUUGGCAAAGAUGGCAAACCAGACCCGUGUAAACCAAUUACCAAAGUGGAGUGGAAGUCCGUCAGAAAUAAUGUUUUGCGUUCUGUGUGGCAUGGACAUUUCACAUGUGACCCUCUGGUGAUAUUUUCCGGCGGAAUGUCAUGUGACCGGGCAGGACGCACCCCUUGUAUCACAGUGAUGACGGGCAAAACUACGACAGUGCUCGAGAUGGAACACACCGUCAUAGACUUUGUGGUACUCUGCGAAACACCUUGGCAAAAUGAUUUUCAGGACCCGUAUGCAAUUGUCGUGCUACUACAGAAUGACCUUGUUGUAAUUGAUCUCACCUCACCAGGGUACCCAUGUUUUGAGAACCCUUACCCAAUGGAUAUACACGAGUCACCCGUGACUGCCUGCCAGUACUUUGCGGACUGCCAGACAGACCUGAUACCUGCCCUGUACUCCGUAGGCUCAUCCAAACACAAACGCAUCGGAUUUAGUGAAAAGCGCUGGCCAAUCAAGGGUGGUGUAUGGGGCUCAUCAACUUGCAGCUAUCCCGAGAUAGUGGUCACUGGGCAUGCUGAUGGCUCAGUGAAGUUCUGGGACGCGUCUGCAGUGACGUUACAAGUGCUAUACAAGCUGAAGACGGCCAAGAUGUUUGAGAAGCCCAAGAACCGUGUGCUGGAGGGCCAGGAGGACGACCCGUUUGCCAUCUACAUGAUGUACCUGGACCAGGAGAGCAGGCUGCUGGUGCUGGCUGGGGCCACUCACAUCAUGCUCUUUAAGUUCUCCAAGCAGGAGGUCACCUACGAAGUAACGUGGCUGGAUGUGUCAAUAGUGUAUGAGGUUUUUGAUGACCUGGAUUCUCCUGACCUGGACUUCCCCAAGCCCAGCCUGGCGGUGAUGGGGCAGCAUCAGCAGAGUGGAGGAAGCAUGGGCUCCUACUCCAGCAACGCAUCUGAUAGUGGAAAGCAGUCAAAACCUAGCUUAAGUCUUAUGGCCCAACAACAAAAGUCUGGUGGUAGUAUGGGCUCUUAUUCAUCAGAUUGCGCAAGAUCUGAACCGUUGACGGCGCUGAAGGUGCGGGGUGGCGCCCGAAAAUGGAGCCCGGGUUACCAGUGUGACCUUGUGGGCCUUCUCACCUGGAAUGAUAACGAACACCCGGGAAACAUCACCAGUAUAUGUGUGAAUUCCAACUACGGAUUGCUAGCAUUCGGCAACGAGUCCGGCCUAGCCAUUGUGGAUAUCAUUCAGAAAACCUGCCUGCUCAAUUUGGGGACUCCAGAUUUAUAUGGUUUCAAGGACAGCAACUAUCAUCAUAACCACCACCACCACCAUCACACACGUUCCAUGGACCCCUACCAGAGGGCCCCUAGGUCACCCCGGGGCAAGAAACCCCAGCCUUCGCCCCUGGACGGCAGUAACUCCGCCCUCAAUGAGGAUGGUGCUAGGUCACCAACCAGUGAUCAACCAGUGACACCUGAUAAUAUUCAGUCAAAUCCAAAAGCCCCACCGCGAAAAAAACGCCCUAACCAGAACUUGAAAAGCAUCAACGAGGGAGAUCAGUUGUCUUCAAAAUCAAAAGAACCCCAAUCGGCUCCUAUUCGAAGCAACUCAUUUGAAUUUGGUAUUGCCGGUUCAGAAACUGAAGUCAAGCUGCCAGAAGGGUCAGGGAAUGGCGUCAGCACACCAGCAGUUGUGAAAGUGGAGCAGCACCAAACUGUCAUACCGGGAUUGAAUCUGAUUCCCCCUACUCCUCAGGUGAGCCAGAAAAACACAGAGAGUCCGGACAAGUCUAGAGAAGGCUUCGAAACUCUCCAACCUACCCGGCUUGUGCAGAAGAAUUCCCCCAAGAAAUUGUCAGCAGUUAGAACCUCAUCACUUCCCUUAGUGCCAAUACCUGGUAAGGAGCAGAUUGGAGAGAACAUAAGUAGUAAGUCGAAAUCACAGUCAGAAGAAGACUUUAAAGCCAGUCUUACUGAACCGUGCUUGGCUGACGGGAAGAAUUUUAAGAUAAGGACAGUUAACAUCGAUACGGAAAGUCUAGAAAAACCACAGCAUCACGGACGCAAAUACUCAAUGAAAAAGUUUAAAAAGAAAUUAAGAAUUGGCGGGAAACACAGGGAUAAAAGCUCUGAAAGGAUCUCGAAGACUGUAGACCCUAAUGAUAAUGACAUAACUGCGGAGAGCGAGGAAAUGUCCCAUGAUGAGUUUGCAAGUCACGAAAGUCGUUCAGAGAAUGAAGACAACAUUUUAACGGAUGACGAGUUCUUAAGUCCUAACCAGAAUAUGAGUGACGAAGCAGUGUUUCACUCUGCCACCAAAAAAGAUGGGUUCUUGAGGCGAAUGAGUGUUAAAAUGCAACAGCUUGUGUCGAGGAGUGGGUCUGAUAACUGUCAACCUGAGUUUGAUAGACGGGGUCGAAGAUGCGUGAGUUUUUUGGACUUGAUGGACGAUUCAGAAUCUAACCAUGGGGUGAUUUCAAAAAAGACUCUGCGAGAGAUGAUCACCGUCCCUCACCAUGUGGUGUACCUUAAACCAGAUUCUGGGUCAUCCGAUAAGAAUGAUGGUUCCUCAUUUUCCCGAUCCCGGAGUUCAAGUAUAUCGAGCCUGGAGAAUGUUUCCAAGGAAGCCAUUCAGUGUCUUGUCUUUGCAGACUCGUAUACUCGGAAAUUAGAUACCUUCACCAGUCCAUGUCUGUGGGUGGGUACAAGUCUGGGCUCUGUUCUGGUCAUUGUACUUAACCUGCCUCCCCCAGGGGAAUCAAGACUGACUCAACCAGUGAUAGUCUCACCUAGUGGUACAAUAUUCCGGUUGAAGGGUGCCCUGCAGUGCAUGUCUUUCCUGGACACUAACGGUAUGAUCAUCCCCACACUGACAUCAGGGGCCUGGAGGGAGACCGGGAAGGACGAGGCAAAGUCUGUCAAGAACCAGUCAGUGACAAAACUGAAGAUGUCACCAAGCACAUCUACAGAAGUAUCAGACAGGCAGUUUGCUAUCAUCUGUUCAGAGAAACAGGCCAGGGUUGUGUCCUUGCCGUCACAGACGUGUCCAUACAAAGCAAGAAUUACCGAAAACUCAUUUGUUGUCAAAGCAGAUGUGGUCAAUCUCAGGGGUGACAGCGUGUGUCUGGCGUGUUACGUGGCCAACGGUCACAUCAUGGUGUACAGCCUGCCCAGUCUCAAACUGCUGCUAGAUAUGGACUUCUUGCCUCUGUCAGACCUCCGGGUUGCCAGAACGUUCUGCUUCAGUAACAAUGGUCAUGCAUUGUACAUGUGUUCACCAACAGAAUUACAAAAAGUAACAUACUCUGCUGAAAUUUGUGAUAACCUCAAUGAGAUGUUGGGAGAACUGUUUGUACCCACAGAGACUCCUGAGGCUCCCAAACAGGGCUUUUUCAAAAAUCUCUUUGGUGGGGGGACAUCAACACUGGACAGAGAAGAACUAUUCGGUGAGUCUAGUGGUAAGGCUGCGCGUGGUCUGGUGUCCCGGACCCACGGAACGGGGGGCAUACAGAGUCUGCAGGCACAGAGCCAGGCCGCAGUGGGUGGGGAGGUGUCCAGGGCCAGGCUGUUGCUGUCAGAGAGAGGGGAGAAGCUCUCAGGUGUUGCAGAUCGCACUGAGGAGAUGGCGCUGAAUGCGGAGGCUUACGCCAGCACGGCGCACCAGCUCAUGCUGAAAUACAAGGAGAAGAAGUGGUACCAGUUCUAGAAAGUUCUAGGAUUGAACCGGAACUAGGAUGCACAAAAACAAUCAAGCCAGGGACUGGAAAAACGAGAACUACCCCUGUGGUUGAUAGUGCGAACAUUCUCAUUUCUGUGAAUCUGUGUUACUGGUUGAUAUGGGCUCGGGGACUAUCUGCAAAUUGGAAGAGAUGUGAUGUUAACAGUGGUUGUGUUAAGGUUAGGUGGUAUAUUGAGGGUUAUCUAAGAGGUGGGCAGUGUAGGGCAGAUGUUUUAGGAAUUGAGAGAUGUAGACUAUUAUAUAAUGGAUGCUGUUUUGUGUUAUGGAAGGAGCAUGGCUUUUUGAUUUCAAUAUAUGGAAAAGAUACAAAAAACUGUAGGCAUGUGAUACUGUAUGCUCCUAAGUGUUAAUCCACAUAUAUGUAGCUGAUCAACCAUGAUUGGAAGAAACAUUGGUGUAGAGGGAAAUAAGCAUUUAGAUACUAUACGGAUUUAUUGUAAAUUAUGAAUGAUUAAAACUGAUUUUAUAA